AUGCCUCCCCGAGCCAGGAGCGCAGCCGUGGGACGGGGACGUGCACCCACCGGCGGGGUUCCGUGGUUGGUGUCCACCCGGCGCUCAUCAGCCCCGCGCGGGUGGAGGGACCGGCCGCCCCCGUCGGGGCAUUCGCUGUCCCGCCCGCCCGGCCCCGCGCCGCCAGCGCUGUCCCGCGGUUCGUCCCGGCCACCUCCCCCCGUUCCCCCGCCACCCUCCCCGGCCGUCUGGCCAUGCCGUAAGCCCCGACGGGGUGCCCGGGCUCGCGUGGGCCGAGCACCGUCCCCACGGGUUUCCCGCGAGGGAGCCUGGGCUGGUCCCGCGGGGAGCCGGGACCGGCACCGAGCCCGGGCAAGGCUGAAGGGUGCUGUGCCGGGCGGCACGGCCCCGCGACGGACCCUCCCCGAUGGGACUGUCCCCUCGGCCGUGAGGGCACGGGCGCUGCCCGUGGGGUGGGCAGAAGGCGGUGACCAGCCCCGCGUUCCCGCUCCAUCGGGAAGGGGAGCCGGGAAGGGCAUCCUCCUCCUGGGGCCGGCGGCCCGGGACGCGGUGCCAGCCCCGUGUCACAGGCUCCUGCAUGGACCGGGGCAGUCGCGACCCUCGGGUGCCGCGGGCGCGAAGGGCAGCGAGGCCAUCCCGGUGGGACGGUGCCGGCGGUGGCCGCGCGUCCCGGGACCGGCCCCGCUGCCAGGUGCGGCGCGGCGGGGGCGGGAGGGAACGGGGCCACGGGUCGCGGGGGGCGUCCGCCCCGGCACAACGGGGGCCCGUUCCCAAGGCUCCCGCUCUGUGUCUGCUUUGGGAAAACGCCAGCACGGUAACAAAAUGGCGGGGAAAGGGUGGGAUUGUCACGGCGAGCCCUGCGGCGGAGCCCGGCCACCCCCGCCCCGCCCGCCCGGGCUCGGGGCGCCCGUCCCGGCGGAGGGCAGCGGGGCGGGGGUCCCCGGGGCUGUGCCGCCGCCCGGUCCCGCCGCCCGCCUGAGCUCUGGUGGAGAAGCAGCUGCAGAAAAUGGCUGCUCGGCGGAGCCCGCUGAAUCCUGCCAUGGUGGGGGGGACGGCGAGGAAGCGGCGCAGCCGUCGCCCCCCCCCGCUCCGGGGAGCCCCGGGCAGGCGGCGCGGGGCACGGUCGGAGGUUCCGCGGGGCGGCGGGACCGGAGCAGAGCCCACGGUGCCCGGUGUGUGGCCUCAGAUGCGGCGCGCCGGGGGAGCGGGGCAGCUCGCCCCGAGCGCGCCCGGCCCGUACCGCCGUGCACGUGCCCGCAGCCCCCGCCCGGUGCCCGCCGAAGCAGCGGCGGCUCCGAGCCCCGGGGGGCGCGGCGGAAGGGCGGCCGGUCACCCCCCGCUGCCCGACACGCCGGAGGAGCACCAGCCCCGCAGCCGCUCUCGCCGCGCCCGGUUUUGCUUUCGGUUUAA